GACGGGGACUGCACCUUCGCGCCGCCAGCCCCAGCGCCUUCGAAACCUUUCUUCUUGAGCGAUCCCCCAUUCUACUCAGCGUGCUGCGGUGGGUCCUGUCGGCGCCCUGCAUCCCCCACUGCUUUUCCAAGAGAAGACGGUGUUCUGCCACUCCUGGCCCAGGACUCCAAUGCUAAAGCUCGGAGGGGCAUUUUAAGAAGAGCUGUCUUUUCUGAGGACCAGAGAAAAGCUCUGGAGAAAAUGUUUCAGAAGCAGAAAUACAUCAGCAAAACAGACCGAAAGAAGCUUGCCUUAAAUUUGGGCCUAAAGGAAUCACAGGUGAAAAUCUGGUUUCAGAACAGAAGGAUGAAAUGGCGCAAUUCCAAAGAAAAGGAAGUGCUUUCCAACAGAUCUCUCCCAGAAGUGGGUCUCCCAGAAGAUCCCCUCUCAAGAUCUGCCCUGGGUUUCCCUUCUCCAUGCCCUUCCCUAUGGGAAGUUUCCCGCCAGCACUCCAGUCCCAGUUGGAGGGAGAAUUCACCAGAACCUUCAGAAAGACUGAUUCAGGAGCGUUCCAGCGACUCACCCCUGGAAGCAAAUUCACUGCAAAGUGCCUUGUAUAUGUGUUCUGAAGAAGGCACUGGAGACGAGGGGGUACUUGCUGCCACCAUCUGAAUGAACGCAGCCCUCCCUCCAUGUGACUUUCAAAGAACACUUCACUAAUAUUGUUUGGAUUCUAAUACCUGCUAGCUUGUGCCUCAUCAAUGCCUAAAACCUAACAUGCUUGAAAUGAUGCAUGAACUAAUGCUUUAGGAAACUCCUCUCAUUUGUCUCUAGACUCCAGUUGACUUGCUAAAUGGAAUAGGAUCUCCCAGGAAGUAGGAAGAGACUGGAAAGAGAGAGCAGUUGUUGGCUCAGUCCCUGCGCUGAGUAUGUGUAUAUAUAUGUGUGUCUCUCUGUGUAUGUAUGUACAAAUAUUCCUUAACAUGAAUUAGCAUGAACUAGUUCUUCCUUUAAUAACAUUGAGAAAAAUUAAUUUCCUUUUAUAUGAAGAAAAAAUCAUUGAUUGAAUACUAUUCAUUUUUGAAAACAAUGUAAAAUGGAGGUUUUAGCCCAAACUGUCAUACCACAAGAACAUGUCUAAGAAGUUUCUCUAUUCUUUUUUUUUUUCAGAAUCCAGUUAUAAAUUAAUUGCAAUCAACCUGCUCAGUCCUAAUCAAAUGAGUCAAGCUAUUUACAUAUACUGCAUGUAUAUGUUUAAAAUUAAUACAACUAGAAAAUUAGAAGAAUUCCUAAAUAUAAUUUUUGAUCCCCUUAAUUUUUAAAUCCCUGAAAUUCAUCAGGCCGUCUGUGAGUGAGGUCUUUCUAAGCUAAUGGUGAGCCUUUUCAUUUCCUCUCUGAAAGAAGGUCAGAGGUCACAACAUACAGUGCCUUUAAGUGCUUUUUAGGUAACUAGGGGGCAUGGUUCCCCUAAAGAUAGCUCAUUUCAAUAAUUUUUACAAUAUUGUGUCAGCCAAAGCAAGCAUCUUUGUCCAGAAAUGGGUGGCCUCAGGUUGACAGAAGCGAGCUGUGGUAUCAGUGUGCAAAAUGUUCCCAAUGGGACUUCAAAACGCAUGCUGAUGGCAUCUGUAGCGAUUUUGCUUGCACUUCUCAUUAUAGACUCAUUUUUCCACUUAGGAGGCAGACACUAUAGAGUAGGGUGGAUUUUUAAAAAUGUAGUAACAAACCCCACACAGAUGUUUAAUGCUUCCUGGCUGCGCUGAAAUACUGUUAUUAUAAAUGUGCAUUUCUGGUAACAAUUUGCUUACUUAAUCCAGAAAUUUCUAUUCCAGAUCCAAGGAGAAAUUAGGUUUCACUUUGAAGGAUAUGAAGCAGAAAAAGGAAAUGCUGUGGUUUUGAAUUAGGUUAUUAUUAAUCCGUGUACAAGACACGUUCCUAGAAGCUCUUUUUGUGGCAUUUUGUUAGCGAGAACACUUAGUAAUGAUAGUGGUAAGCUAUAGAUUUUGAAAACUGAGUGUUUAGAAAAAAAUUCAGAAGAUAACAAUUUUAAUCAACAUCAGGAAGUCAUUUUGUUCGAGUGGAAUUUGAAUUGGUCUGUGGGUAGCCUAUGAUUUUAUCGCUAGAUUUUUUUACCUAAAAAUCAUCUGAGAGGAUUGUCUCAGUGCCACAUGGUGGGGGUUUGGAGAGGGGUUUUACAGUCUGUAUUAAAAUGAUUUAAGAUAUGGUUUCAAUUCUUUAGAUAUUCUUAACCCUGUUUACAUUUAUUGGGUGCCUUCUAUGUCCCAGAGACUGUGCUAAGUCGUUUGGGUGGAUUAACUCAUUUGAUUCUUGAGGCAAUAACCCUGCGAACGAGGCACUGCUACUCAUGAUACCUGUUAUCCAGACCAGGGAACUAUGACCGAGUAUGCAGAGGGUGACUGACCAAGGGCAUGAGGUUCAUAAACGAGAUGUAGGUAGACCCUGGCGGCCAAGUUUCUCACUUUCAAACCAAGUAUGUGGGAUGCAUACCAUUGUGCAAUUGUACUCUAUCUAGUGAUGGGAUGUGCUGUAACAAAUACAUUUUGAGAUAUUGCAGUGAGAUUUAUUAAAGAAAUUCUGAA